AUGCAUAAUUUCAUAAAAAUUCGAUCUUUUUCAUGUUUUCAAACUCUCAAAAUCUUUCCUUUCUCAACCCAAAAAAUGGGCAUGUCUUCAAUUGCUGAUACCCUUUAUACCCAAUUGCACAAAAACAACGGUAUCAGCAUUGAGAAUUCAUUGUCCAAGACAAAACCCAAAUUGGACUCUCAAUGUGUUAUCCAAGUUCUUACUAAGUGCUGUCCUAAACAAUCUGAAUUGGGUGUUAGGUUUUUUGUUUGGGCUGGAUUUCAACCUGGGUAUAGGCAUAGUGGUUAUAUGUAUAGAAAAGCUUGCAACUUGCUUGGGAUUGAUAAGGAUAAGAAUAAGAAUUCUCAGGUUAUUUGUGAUUUGAUUAAGUCUUACGAGUCAGAAGGGUGUGUGGUUAAUGUUAAUAUGUUUAGGGAGGUUUUGAAGCUGUGUAAAGAGGCUGAGCUUGUUGAUUUGGCUUUGUGGGUGUUGAGGAGAAUGGAGAAUUUUGGUUUGCAACCGGAUACAGUGAUGUAUAAUGUAGUUAUAAGGUUGCUUUGCAAGAAGGGUAAUGUUGAAAUGGCGGAGAAGUUGAUGGAGGAGAUGAGUUUGAAUGAUCUUUGUCCGAAUUUGAUUACGUAUAUGAUGAUGAUUGAGGGGUUGUGUAAUGCGGGUCGGUUGGAGGAAGCUUAUUCGAUGCUCGAGGUUAUGAGAGUUCACGGUUGUUCGCCGAAUUCGGUUGUUUUUUCGGCUAUUUUGGAUGGGUUAUGUAGGUGUGGAUCAAUGGAAAGGGCAUUGGAGUUGUUGGAUGAAAUGGAAAAAGGUGAGGAUUGUUGUCCUAAUGUUGUUACGUAUACAUCUUUGAUUCAAGGUUUCUGUAAGAGACGCCAGUGGACGGAAGCAUUGAAUGUUCUUGAUAGAAUGAGAGCUUUUGGUUGCCUUGCUAAUCAUGUUACUGUUUUUACGUUGAUUGAGAGUCUUUGUACCGAAGGCUGUGUAGAAGAAGCAUACAAAUUGGUUGAUAAAUUUGUGGUUGAACAUUGUGUCUCGCGUGGUGAUUGCUAUAGUUCACUAGUGAUUGCGUUGAUAAGGAUAAAGAAAUUCGAGGAAGCAAAGAAGCUCUUCAAGGAAAUGCUUGCUGGUGAGAUCAGACCCGAUACUUUGGCGUCUAGCCUUUUGUUAAAGGAGUUUUGUUUAAAGGAUAGAGUACUGGAUGGAUUCUACUUGCUUGAUACAAUUGAGAAUAUGGGAUUCCUGUCUUCCAUCGACUCUGAUAUUUAUUCUAUUCUUUUAAUUGGUCUUUGUCAAAAAAAUCACUUGACGGAGGCCACGAAGCUUGUGAAAAUAAUGCUGAAGAAAGCAGUUCCUCUAAGGCCUCCCUACAGAGACACUGCAAUUGACAUCCUAAGAAAAUAUGGAGAAAAAGAUCUUGUGAACCAGUUGACUGGUAUAAAUAAGAAACUUCGAUAA